UUAUUGUAUUGGGGACCAGAGCAUGCAUGUGUGGUUCAGACUACCGGCAACAAAGCUACAGGUUUCAAGCCAUUUUCAAUGGAAGCCGGUGACAUGAAGCUACAUCCAUGGACCAGAGCCUAGAGACUAGCGUAGACUGGCAGGAAGUCGUUGUUCAUUUGACCAAUCACAUCAAGAGAAAUCAGAUUUAUUAAUAAAAAAAAGAAAAAGAGAGGACUCUUCCCACUAGCACCUUCUCUGUUUGUAGCUACGUUAGCUCUCUCAUUAAGUUAGUUGGCCAGCCUUCUUACAGCCGGCUGGACGCACGAAGGCAGCGGAGGUCUGUAAUUUUUACUACGAUACAGACGAGUAGAGCAGCAGGUGAACUCAGUAACAUUUCGGGUGUAAGAUAUCGGUGGAGAUGUGUAAUAAGCUGCAUUGGACACUAAGGACCUACCUGGCUGCCAGUCUAUCAUCUGACAGCUGUCACCGCACCUAGCUGCUUGGCUAGAUGAGCUAACGGCUAACAAGUGUUUUUUCGGGCUCAUAGCCUGGCUAAUUUAGACAGUCGGUUCAGAGUGGAAAGCGGCGUCUUCCGCAUGAACGUUAUUUCUUGUUAUUUUCUCAACAAUAUUUGACUCCGCUUGCUGUUCAAAGUAUGAGUUAGCAAAGGAGCGUCGGACAGCGGUCUUUGGGAUAUUUUGAAGUCCAGCUAGUUAGCUAGCAUUUAGCUUUAAGCUAGCUGACUGCAUUCAUUCAAUUAUUGAAAAACUGCACACCAGCACCUCAGCGAACAGGGACUGGUUAUAUCCAAUCGUAAUUGUUGUUACGAUACUAAUACAUUUUUGACUGGACUGUGCUUUGGAUAACCUCGGGGGGAAAUGAAAAAAUUUUUUGAUUCUCGUCGGGAGUUGGUGAGCUCUGGGCCUGGCUCCGGAGUCGGUGGAGGAGGCGCUGGUUCCGGCGGCGGUGGCAGUUUCAUCGGACGGGUCUUUACCAUUGGACGAUAUCAAGUGACCGUCGAGGAAAUUGUAGCCGAAGGAGGUUUUGCUAUUGUUUUUUUGGUGCGGACUCAUCAAGGCCUACGUUGUGCACUCAAAAGGAUGUAUGUCAACAACGAACAUGAUCUGCAGGUCUGCAAACUUGAGAUACAGAUUAUGAGGGACCUAGUGGGCAACAAAAACAUAGUUGGUUUCCUGGAUUCCAGCGUAACUGCAGUUGGAGCUGGCGACGUGUGGGAAGUCCUAAUCUUAAUGGACUUCUGUCGAGGUGGGCAGGUGGUUAACCUAAUGAACCAGCGGUUACAGACAGGCUUCACUGAAGCCGAGGUGUUACAGAUCUUUUGUGACACGUGCGAGGCGCUCGCUUGUCUCCAUCAGUGCAAGAGUCCAAUCAUCCACCGAGAUCUCAAGGUGGAAAAUAUUCUUCUACACGACCGGGGACACUACGUGCUCUGUGAUUUUGGAAGUGCCACUAACCGCUUCCAAAACCCUCAGACAGAAGGGGUGCCAGUCGUGGAGGAGGAAAUCAAAAAGUACACUACUCUGUCAUACCGCGCUCCAGAGAUGGUCAACCUCUAUGGUGGAAAGAUCAUCACAACAAAGGCAGACAUUUGGGCCAUGGGUUGUCUACUCUAUAAGCUGUGCUACUUCACGCUUCCUUUCGGGGAGAGCCAAGUGGCUAUCUGUGAUGGAAGUUUCACUAUCCCAGACAACUCCCGCUACUCCCUGGACAUGCACUGUCUCAUCAGAUACAUGCUGGAACCUGACCCAGAUGUGAGACCAGACAUCUACCAAAUAUCCUACUUUGCCUUUAAACUGGCUCGACGAGAGUGUCCAGUCCCAAAUGUACAUAAUUCUCCUAUUCCUGCUAAACUUCCUGAGCCUAUCAGAGCCAGUGAAGCAGUGACCAAAAAGAGUCAAACCAAAGCCAGGCUCACAGACCCCAUUCCUACCACGGCAACCUCAAUUGCACCUCGGCAACGGCCCAAGGCUGGCCAGGCUCAGCCCCAGCCAAUAUCAGGCAUUCUCCCCAUCCAGCCAGCUCUCACCCCACGCAAGAGACCCAGUGUGGCUGCUGGAGCACCCCAGGCCAUAGGUGUUGGUAUCAGUGUCCCACCUACAGCUGCAGCUGCUGUCCAACCUGCUCAACAGGCUCCUGCUGCACAGGCUGCACCACAGCCAGCUCAGACAGCCAACAUGCUGCCACAGGCUACACAACAGCAUCAGCAGCUCCUCAUGCAGCAGCAGCAAGUCUCAGCCUUCUUAAGCCCACAGAGUAACCAGCAGCAUCUACUGGUACAGAGCCUCCACCAGCAGCAGCAACAACAAACAGCGUCUCAGGCGUUUACCCUGCUGCAGUCCAAAGCUAAGCCUGUUCCUCCAGUUGUUACCCUGCGACUGCAACACCAGCAGCAUGUAGCCCCUGUCCAUGAAACAGCAGCUUCUCAUCUGACCCCCAUCCCUGAGUCUGCAGUCGUUGGUCCUGCAGCUGACCCAGAGGUCAUGACGGCUGGCCGAGGAAUUCACAAAGUCGGCUCAUUGACACCCCCCUCGUCGCCAAAGAUGGCCCCUAAGAGCGGCCACAGACGCAUCCUGAGCGAUGUCACUCACAGUGCCGUGUUUGGGGUCCCAGUCAGCAAGUCCACCCUGCUACUCCAGGCAGCCGCAGCUGAGGCCAGCCUCAACAAGUCCAAAUCAGCCAGCACUACUCCUUCAGGCUCCCCUUGCUCGUCCCAGCAGAGUGUGUAUCAUCCAGGUGAUGGUGACGCCCAAGCAGCCCUUACUGCACCCAACACUCAGCCCAGCUGGAACCCCUUUGGGGAUGAUAACUUCUCCAAGCUAACAGCAGAGGAGCUGCUUAACAAAGACUUUGCAAAGCUAGCUGAGACUGCUUCACCAGGAGAGAAGGUCAUGGGCUCCAGUGAAAAUCUCAUUCCAGGGCUCAAUGCUUUUCCAGGUGAAAGAUCUGUAGACAUCAUGAGUGCAGGUUCAGCGUUGUUGACUGUCCCAGACCCUUUUAAUACCCUCUCCAUCUCUGACACCACAGAGAAGCUGAUUGAGGGACUGAAGUCCCCUGAAACUUCUCUGCUUCUCCCCGACCUCUUAACCCUGACUGGCCCCUUCAGUAGUUCUGCAGAGAGCUCCACCAAUGCAAAGGCAGAGGUGUGUGUGGAUUCACUGAUUCCUGGUUUGGAAGCCCCCCAGGCCCAGCGACAUUCAGGCCAGGCAGAGCUCAUCCCUGCCAGCAUGCCAGACUCUCUCACUGGGGAGGACACUCUGCUGGGUUGCGAUCUGUUAUCUCAUACUUCUUCUCAUGGAAACCAGUCUGUUUCUGGUCUCCCUUCCUCCUCCUCCUCCUGCUCCUCUGCUCCUCCUGGCUCCGGCUCUGGAUCCUGUCUGGAGGAGCUGCCGCCUGGUCAGACAGCUUCUGACUCUGCUUUCCUCAUGUCGUGUGGGGAGAAGGGCAAUGACGACGAGUUUGACCCUAUUCCUGUGCUCAUCUCCAAAAACUCAAAUCAAGAUGUGCAAGGGGAGAGUAAUGGCUACUCUGUACUUGGUGAGGGACAAGAGCCUGAACCUCCAGGAGAUCCUCAAACAAACGAGGGAUGUGUGCACUCCAGCGAUGAAGAUGAGGAGAAGGAAGCCCAUACGGAAGAGCAGCAGGAUGAGGAAACCAUUGAGAGUCAUGUAGCAGCACAUGACUGCAGCGGCUCCAGACCUCUGCUGCUGGACUCUGAGGAUGAAGAAGAACAAGGACCUCACUUAGCCCUCCACUCAUCACUCCAGCACUCCAGCGCAGCACCAACACAACCAUCUACUACCUUCCAUCAAUCUACUCCAAGCACCUUUGCUCAGAAUCAUUCCCAGCAUGUACAUGAGCCAGCGAAGGAGGCAGAAGUCGCUGCAGAUGUUUUCACAAAAGCCCCCUUUCGGAUUGGGCAAGAAGACACAGGCGAUGUGUUUGCCAAUGCUCCGUUUCCACGUGCCCUCCUUUCAGCUCAGCAGCAGCUCGAUGUAUUCUCUCAGGCUCCUUUUGGAAAAAGAAAGGAGGCUUCAGGAGCUCAGCCCAAGACCUCAUAUCCUCAUGCAGCUGGAGUUCAUGCUGUAACCCCCAAUCAAGGUGUGUUGGGACAAGUUGCCCAACAACCGUUCCGCCCACAAGCUCUGGCCAAAUAUUCCCGACACUUUGAGGGACCUGUGCCCCAGCAGCCAGUAGCAGCUCAAAGAGUAGUGUCUAACGUGAGCAGGCAAGCCGCUGUGGCAUCAGUCCCUGUUGGACCUCUUCACUCAUGGACUUCAGAAGUGAGCGCUGUAGACCCUUUUGUCUCUGCACCCUUUCACCUCAAGGCCCCGCAAGAAAAGCCCUGAACACACACUCAGAUGUCAGGGCAGGGGGUAUCAGCGCCGCUAAAUUAUGCAAACUAUAACAGGCAUACUGCAUGCUGUCACCAGCGCUGCAGCUGGACUGCAGGCAUGCAUGGAUCUCAUUCUUAACUGGCUCCAAUUAGUUCUGAUAGUGCAAGAUCAUCUUUACACUUGAAUGCUCCGUUAGAGUAAGAAAACUGACAUUAUUCUCAGACUCCUAGUCACUUUUUAUUUUUCCUGUCACAUUCCUUUUGAAUUGUCCUUAAAUCUUUUUGGUCCAUACACCUACACAAAGACAAUAUGGUGGUCAAGCAUUUGAUUGUUUUCUUGCCUACCUCAGUUUCUUUUUGUGUCAGCGCUACAAUACCACAUAGUGAGGGAGUUUGUAGAUUGACUGUAGCUUUGGUAGUUUAAUUUCCUCUAUAUUUGAGCUUUCCAGUGAAACUAUGAUCUGAUAACGCCUCAUUCAUCUAUUGUAUUAGUUCUCAGAAAGGACAGAAUCAGCUUGAAUCACAAGAUCAUAAUUUCACAGAAGUUUGAAGAGGAAAAAACACUGUGUAGCACAAUGAGUGAGAGAAACACAUCCACAGUCUCUCAACACUUUUUUGUGACAAGAUGAGGAAUUUAUCUGUAUCUGAAAUAUGUAAACGGCCUUACAAUUAUGCCAUCAAAGUCCAUCUUUUUGGGCCUUUUGGUCUUCAUGCUUGACAGUUUGUUAUGAAGCUGGUGCUGGAUAAUGAUGCAUUGACAUUUCAGGAUAACAUUUGUUGUUUUUUUUUUCAAAAGGUUUGCAUUUUUGUCAUGUGUAUUAUGUUUGUGGUCACUGUCCUGUCUGAUGAAAAUGGAAUAUAAGUGUUUAUUCCAUGCAACAUACAAACCGUAUAUAAAUGUUAGGCAUAGAACAUACAUUAUGGUAGUUCCUUUGUUACAUAAAUGUAGAAGAUUCACUUUUCUGUUUCUCCAUUUUUACAAGAUGAUAUCUCCAAAGCCUUACACUCUUACAGUCCUUCCCUCCUACAGUACCACAUCAAACAGCAUCAAUCACUUUUGCCUUUUGUGCCCUCCCAAGAAAAACUGCUGCAUUUACAUCACGUUAUUGCACUUGCAUUCACAACCAAAUACUCAUGUACAAUCAUGUACAACUUCCUUUUGCUGUCUGCAGUAUGCUAAUGCACCAAGAUGUUCAUUCAACUCUGUAAUGCAUCUCUAUCGUAGACAUCUCUAUAAACUCCAAAAGUGUACUAGCUGUGACUCACACUUACAAACAACUGAAGUGAAAACUUUAACUGCAACUUUAAAAAAUGCUUUCCUGUAGUCACAAAUAUCUAUAGCACUUACGCUUCACAGUUCCAGUCAGGGACUGUAAUAGUAGUAUCUUGUAAGUGAGAUCUUGAAUGGUGACUGAUUUAUGACAUUCCUUUUUGAGUUUAUUUCCAUCAACAUUUGGGAAUAUUUUAUUGUCUUUGUGCUUUGCAAAAUCAUGGAACACUUUUUCGUUCCCACCAUGGCACUUUUAAGAAAGGGGAUCUAACCUGUUUCAACCCAAAGUUUAAUUCAUGUAUUCCUCUGUUGCAAUAUAAAAUCCUCAGUUUUCUUUUUUUUUUUUUUUUAUAGAAAUGCUCACUUUUCUCACCUGAUUUGUAUACAUGAAGGUUGCACAUAGUCACUGACACAGAGUCAGGGUUCCCUAAGAAUGUGUUUUGAUUGUAACACAGCUGUAAAAUGUAUUUCGACCAGUGUUGUACGAUAAGUCUUUGGAGGAUUCAAUAGUUGAUGAUGUUGGGCAAAAAAGCACUCGAAAUACUUGUUACACUGCACAGCCUGCCUUUGAAAACUAUGUUGUAAGUCAAUAAAAAAAAUUAAAUUAA